AUGUUCCAUGCCCGGUUGAAUGUCCUUUUUGCAAUAAUAGUUUGGAGGAUGCGUGGCAUAUUUUCUUUGGAUGUGCGGAAACAAAUCAAGAUUGGCAGGCAGCAGGAAGAUAGAAAUACAGCUGGUGGAGUUGCAGUUAUGUUAGAAGGUUUGUGGAAGAAUAAGAACGACUUCAUAUGGCAUAAUGAAAGGGAGGAAGCAACAAAGAAUAAAUCAGAGGAUGACCAUAUUCCUCAACAUAGACAUAUAUGGGAACCACCACCUCCUGGUUGGCUCAAAUGUAAUGUGGAUACGGGUUUUAACAAGAGUUGUAGCACUUCUAACAGAGGGUGGUGCAUCCGUGACACUUCGGAUAAUUUCCAUACAACAGGUACAACUUGGGAAGUUGGUGAGGUUUCGGUCCUUGAAGGGGAAGCAUUAGCCCUCAAGGACGCAAUUCAUAUAGCUAUCUAUACGCGUAUAAACCGCAUCAUCUUCGAAAGUGAUUCCCUUCGGGUAGUUCAAGUUCUAAGAAAUAAAAUAAUUGGUAAUUCGGAAUUCUUUACUACUUUGAGAGUCAUUCAAUCUACUCUUUGUAAUUUUCCCAACUUUGAGGUGAAGUUUAUCAAACUUCAAGCGAAUAUGGUUGCUCAUUCGUUAGCAAAGGCGGCCAAUUCUUGGGCUAGACGUAGUAUUACUCAUGAUAUUCCUUCUUGUAUUGAUCUCUUAAUUUAUAAUGAAAGAAGUUAG